CAAAUAGACCGAACACUUACGCACACACACACACAUCAUAUAUAUAGAAAGCUACGAAAAUGAAUGAGUUGGAUAGUUUGAGACAAGAAGCUGAAUCCCUUAAGAAUGCCAUACGCGAUGCCCGGAAAGCUGCCUGCGACACCAGCUUAGUGCAGGCAGCUGCGUCCUUGGAGCCCAUAGGUCGCAUACAGAUGCGAACAAGGCGCACGUUGCGAGGACAUUUGGCAAAAAUCUACGCCAUGCACUGGGGCAAUGACUCACGCAACUUGGUAUCUGCCUCCCAGGAUGGUAAACUGAUUGUCUGGGACUCUCACACUACAAAUAAGGUCCAUGCUAUACCACUACGAUCGUCAUGGGUAAUGACGUGCGCCUACGCGCCUUCCGGCAGUUAUGUAGCCUGUGGCGGUCUAGACAAUAUGUGUUCAAUUUACAACUUAAAAACCCGUGAGGGAAAUGUACGUGUGUCCCGUGAAUUGCCCGGCCACGGUGGCUACUUGUCCUGCUGCCGUUUCCUAGACGAUAAUCAAAUUGUAACCAGCUCGGGCGAUAUGACAUGUGGUUUGUGGGACAUUGAAACCGGCCAGCAAGUAACAUCAUUCUUGGGCCAUACAGGUGAUGUAAUGGCUCUGUCAUUAGCACCCGGCUGUCAAACAUUCGUCUCGGGUGCCUGUGAUGCCUCCGCUAAACUGUGGGACAUUAGAGAGGGCGUGUGCAAGCAGACAUUCCCUGGCCAUGAAUCCGAUAUAAAUGCCGUGACAUUCUUCCCCAAUGGCCAGGCAUUUGCAACAGGUUCAGACGAUGCCACCUGUCGCCUGUUCGAUAUACGUGCCGAUCAAGAAUUGGCCAUGUACUCGCACGACAAUAUCAUCUGCGGUAUUACAUCGGUGGCAUUCUCAAAAAGUGGUCGUUUACUGUUAGCUGGCUAUGAUGACUUCAAUUGCAAUGUUUGGGACACAAUGAAAGCCGAACGUUCCGGUAUAUUGGCUGGUCACGAUAAUCGGGUCUCAUGUCUGGGUGUGACCGAAAAUGGUAUGGCGGUAGCAACGGGCUCAUGGGAUUCAUUCUUGCGUGUGUGGAACUAAACAACAACAGUAAUAGCAACAAAA